CUUGGAUUAAGCUUAUUUAUUUAUGAGGUAUUUUCACCUCAGAUUUAUUCUGUUGUCUUUCAUGCUUAAGAGAAAUUUAUUUUGAUUUCAAACAUGGUAGAACAAAAUAAGCAUCCAUUUCCACUCGUUGAUGAUUAACCAGCAGGGCAUUAUGUGCAACUUUAUCCUCCUAUUGAUUAUUGAUUUGAAGGGCAUGGUUAACAACUACCACCUUAAACUGAAUAAAAAUUAUUAUGGCAAUUUGUGCAAAUACUACCAAAAGAAGAUGAUUAGUUUUAUGGGCAAGGAAAGCAUGAUGAUAAUAAUUGAUUAGAUUGUUUUUUGCUAGAUGUAUUUUAUGGGCACGGAUAGCAAAUAGGAGUAGAGCCAUCAGUUUUUUUCAACCCAUAUUAUCCAUUCUCGCAGUAAUUAUCUUAGCUAUAUAUUUAAAAGACUAAGCUCAAUAAAAAUAAAAACUUAAUCAUUAUUGUAUUCAUUUUGA